AUGGUUCACAUGCUUGUUUUGUGUGAGCUUGGUAUCCAACACAUACGACUUUCUUCUCCCUUUGGCUACAACGAUGAGGAUCCUGCAGUUUUCUCCGUGUUGACAUCAAGCUGCGGUGUCCAAGGGUAUAACUACGACAUACCAGCCCAAUAUGCACUCAACUGGACUGGGCCCUUUCUAGACAGAUCAUGCGACCACACAGAAAUAACAGCCCAGCCAAAUGAUACCUGUAUAAAUCUAUCCGGUUCACAUAAUGUAUCUACCUUCCAUCUGAUCCAGGAGAAUGCAAUGGAUUUUGCUCAUAAUGAUCUGCCUCGGCGUAGCCAUUACCUUUGCCUUCCCUUGCACUGCACAACACGCCAACUUGGAACGGUGGAAGACUGCAAUUCCCUGGUUGAGGACUUAGAUAUCACUAUGGAAAAACUCUUGAAUUGGAACCCUAUGAUCAAUUCAAAUUGUACUAACCUUGACUCAUGGAGAGGGUGGCAUCUCUGUACAAUUUUCCCAACAAGCACAACACCCUAUCGGGAAGAUGGUUCAUCAAAACUUCCUGAGAGAAAACUGCCAACCCCUCCAACCCCUGAUCCACUUGCCCCAGGAACAAUUGAAAGUUGCUAUAGAUAUGAGAAUUUAAAUGAAGAGGAAUCAGCCCGCGAUGCCUCAUUAAAUUGGUGUACAUGGUGGGCAACAAAAGGAGAGGUAAAGCUCGAGGUAUUUCUCGCCAGGAACCCGAGUCUACGCCGGGGGGAGGAUUGUUACUUGAAACCCGGGUACAGGUACUGCAUCAGACGCUGGAAAGAUAGACGUAAGUUCCUAUGGGUUUGCGCACGCAAUGCAGUUGUCAUUGAGACUAAUAUGAAAUUGGCAACUCUUCCCCACGAGUACUGCUCAGAACCAAAUUCGAGAUUUAUACCUUCGCCUUCGAUUCCGCAAUGGGAAUGUAGCUGCUAUCUAGAAGUGGUAGAAGUGGGUAUAACCGACAAAAGUAUGCAACAAAAAUCCAAGGACAAAGAUUUCACGCGAAAUAGAAUCAGCUAA